GAUGCAAAGCAUUCAAAUUGUUGGACAUGAUCUAAAUUGUUGGAAUGCUAAAUGUUCAAAUGUUGCUAAAUGUUCAAAUUGUUGGAACGAAAAUGAUCUAAGCGCAUUGCACUCCUCCGCAUGCAACUCACGGCCGAACUCAACUGCUCACGCGCACUGCACAUGUGCAGUGCCAUUUUGUGUCCCAAGUAACUUGGAAGUAGCUCAUUCGUUCUCUUUUUUAAAUAACUCCAUAACUGCAAGUUACAUUCGUUAUUAACUUAGUUCCAUUUUUCGCGCGGUAACUUAAACGAGUUCUUUUUGACGGGUAACUUCUUGAUCGAUGGUCUACCCUGCUCCAGACUAAACACUGAUUACGUGCAGAUAUUCUACUGGGAAAAGGCCCCAUCCAGUCAUGCUUCGAGUCGUAACGUGUGACCGUAAUUACAAAUUGUCCCGCAAUAUAUACACUUAAUACACAAUUUCAUUCUUCGAGAGCCUCACAAUGUUUUAUCCCAUCGAACUCAAAAAAAGUACGCGCAGCUCCGAGUCAAAUAUAGAUGCUCCUCAACUGUUUUGCGCCAGAGAGAAGCAACACUGCACACGCUUGCAGCGGAGGCCAAGCGGCCAAGGCUGAGUGACAAGGACAGAUAGGAGCAGACGGAAAUGCAUCUCCCACUGCCAAGGUCUCGGUCUGGAACCUGUAUCAAGGAAGGAUGUUUCUGGUGCAAAACAGAUGUGAUGCAAGGCUUCAUGGAAGUGUAGAAGCUCUCGCUGAUGCUAUUGCGCAGUCUUAUCGCGAAACAAGAUUCAUAAUGCGAGCCGUCAUUCAGCGAGUCGCUUCAGCAGCCGUGUCCGUCGAUGGCCGCGUGAUCAGUUCCAUCGGUCGCGGUCUCUGCGUCCUGAUCGGCGUCCACAGGGACGACUCCGAGGACGACAUGGAAUACAUCAUCCGCAAAAUCCUCAACCUGAAGCUCUUCGACGAUGAUUCCGGCAAACGUUGGAGGCACAGUGUUCGCGACCUCAAACUCGAAGUGCUAUGUGUCAGUCAGUUCACGCUGUACUGCACACUGAAGGGCAACAAACCGGAUUUCCAUCAAGCUAUGGACGGGGAGCGGUCCAAGUCCUUCUACUCGGAGUUUCUUCGCCGCUUAAAGUCGGAGCACGGCGGCGCGUUGGUCAAAGACGGUGAAUUUGGGGCCCUGAUGCAGGUGGACAUUCGCAACGACGGUCCGGUGACGGUGGAGCUGGAGUCGUCGCAUUUUAAGAACGUCGUGCAUGUUGGCGAAAGAGGUGAACCCGACGGAACGGACGUCAAGGAACCGUGACAUUGUCGGAAAGGACUGGAACUUUUUAAUUUUGUGACGUCAUAAAACGGUUUUUCUGCAUGGAUGCACGUGGUUACACACAGACAGUAACAGACCGGUCGACACGGUCUUAGAGAAUUUUUUGACAGACUGCUGCCAUUGGCUCUCCAGUGACUAAUCGCAGGACUUCUUUCGGGACUACUUCCCAGACUACCAGGCUACAUGGCCUGCAAAGUGAUGUCAUUUUUAGAAGUCCCUCCAUUUACAACCGCUCUUGUAACGGCCGUGGCCAGGGAAGCUGGCCACACGCGGGCUUUCUCUGUUGUUCGAGACUGUCUGCUGCGAUUGCCAAAAGCAGACGACAAUAAAGUAUUCUUCAGCCUA